GGAAAAAUCCGAGCUCAUUUAGUGGGUAGUUAUCUUGAAGGAAGCACAGUUUUUUGACCACUCGACUUGAUUUUGAGAAAGUGGUGAGUGCCAAUUGGAAGUGAUUCAAGAGUAGCCGAAGACCCAACAAGUCCUCGAGCGAGAAAUAUUCGUUUCAUUUCUCAACGACGGCGACAAGUUCAGAGUUGUGCUCGGUCUCUGAGUCUAAUCACUCACUGAUCAAUCAAUCAUCACAACUUCACUCACCUUCUUCCCAAAAUAAGGCCAUUGAACUCGUGCUUGGGCGGAUGGAAUGACAAACAAAUGAAACAGACCAAGAAGCCUAUACUGUACAUACAAGGAACGACGACCCGUUCGAUUAAAGUGAGCUCCUCCAAAUUCCAAUCACAGGAAUUGUGUCACUUGCAUGUAGGAAGACCCAAAUGUGUGUCACAGUGACGAGAAGUCGAGAGUGAAAUCUGUUUGUUUUCCGCUAAGGCGAAGGCACUUAUUUUUUUCUCCGGAGAGCCUCCCUCCUCCUUCUCCUCUUCUCCUCUGCUCUUAAACCAGCCUACGAACCACCAAGCCAGCUAGAUAGCUCGCCAGCAAGUAAACCAGAACCUCUCCAACCAUCAUUGUUCUGGGAAAAUUAGUCAACAUUAAAUGUCGUGACACGGUUCGACGUGAGAAUUGAACGUGAAAUAUAGCCAAAAUCUCAAGAAUUCAAACCAUGGUGCUCACAAUUCAGAAUGUGUUGUUGGUGUUGUCCACCCUGGUUUUAACCUCCACCAGUGAAACGCGAAAUUGCGGCUCGGGUCAUGGGCAAAAAUUCAAGUACCUCUUUGGUGAUGCUCUCACGGACUCAACAGAUUGCGUAGGACCUUUUGGCGAGCCUUAUCCAACAUUUGCCAUUGAUCAGCUACUGCCCAAGCUAGACCUGAAGUCGAAUCAACGAGGGGGUCGAACCCUGUUUGCUCAGCCACUCAUCACUUCAGAGAGUGUCAAGGAGACCAGGAAGAACCUCUUGAGCACGUAUGCUAAGGCCAAUCGGAAAUUGGACUCUGGAGUCGAUUCUUUUGAGACAGUAAUCCACAGAGUCAAACGGCAAGCCGAGCAAGCCGACUCCAACUCGACCCAAACCGACACCGACACCGACACCGACACGGUGACCGAGUCCGAAUCCUCCGCACAGACAUGCAAGUCGGCUGCUCCAUCCCGAUUAUGCCAGACCAUGUAUAACACCAGCGCUCCCAUGUUUGGCGUGUCACUCACAUCGGGCAAUCCCGUGACCAUUGUUCAAAAGUUUCCCGAGCUCUUACAACAAGUCGUCUAUGAAACAUGCACGGCCAAUGAAUGUGAUCUGCUCCAUGGUGAGUGCGUCCAGACCUUCAUUCCAUAUCUCUUUCUUGUCAUCCCAUUGGGUCCCGUGACCUUGACCGGUCAGGAUUACGUUUUGGUCGAGAGUGGAUGUUCGUGUCGACCCAAAUAUGCAGGAAAUCGAGAUCCAGAUCCAUUAUCCGGGAUCCCAGAUUUCAGCUGAAACCAUCUUAGAGCCAAUUUUAACUAAAAAAAACAAAAAUUAUGUUGAUGACAAACACCGCUUGAACCCCAACAUUUUCAUGACAUUGCCUUACAACGAGAGUCAAAAAAGUGAGUUCAAAAAUAUAUAACUCUGAUCUGAUACUAGA